CACUGGCGGUGGCUGGUGGUCGGCAGUCGACGAUCGGCAGUCGCGGUGAUCGUAUCGGCACGUGUAUCUCAAUCGUGUCACGUCAACAAUUUCUCGCCAUUUCGGAGCGAACGUUUCGAAAUUCGAGUCAACUCUCGGUGAACGGUCGGUUAAUCGUCCGAAAAAAUUUCUACGGCGUAUAUAAAUUCCAAGUGCAUUAAAUAGAAGUCGGGAGGUUUUUUGCACCUCCCGAAAAAAAAUUAACUUCGUCGUUAUCGGCUCCAACUCUCGGCAAACAACGUAAUCGCCGUCGGCGAAUUUGAUAUCCCGGUAAUCUAUCGAGGAUGCAACAUUACACGACGCUUGGUUCGUAACGACAUAUACAGGGUGUCGCCAACAAAAAUACUCGACCGAAAGGGAAAACGUUAGAAGGCAAAGGAUCUUCGGGUUUGGCCCAUCAAGACAUAAAUAUCAGUCGAUGGUUUCGCCACUGACGGGUUCCAUUUAAACCGGGUCUGGAUCAGGGACGCAAAUCGACUGGCGGCUGUUUCGAGGAGCCAAAGCUCGACCGGUGACGAAUCGCGCACCGAUUUGUCUGAGCGGUUCGGCGCUAUCUUAUCUCGAUAUUGCGAGGAAAAUAAGCAGAGAGAAGAAGAGAGGUGCGUGUGUCGGCGUGGCUCGCGUCCCUGAAAGUUACGCAACGCAGGUACGAUGAAGUCGAAGAGCGAGAGCUUGAUAGCAAGUGAAAGCAGAGCGGGAGUUAAGAAAGACGAUGCCGACCAGCACAAGCAAAAACCGUUGAAAAAAGGUAAAACAUUUUGUCAGUCUUGUAAGAAGAAGUGCAGUGGGGAGGUACUGCGGGUGCAGGAUAAAUACUUUCACAUAGGGUGCUUCAAGUGUGCCCAGUGCAACGCUAGUUUAGCGCAGGGUGGUUUCUUCGCACGCGAGGGUUCCUACUACUGCACAAAGGAUUAUCGGGAGCGCUGGGGUACACGUUGUGCCGGUUGCGGGGAGUACGUGGAGGGUGAUGUGGUGACAGCCGGCGAGAAGCACGCGUUUCACCCAAAUUGUUUCCAUUGCCAAAGAUGCCGGCAACCGUUGCUGGGACAGGGAACAAAAGUAUCCCUUGUUCAAGGUCAAGCGCUGUGUCAUCGAUGCGUUGGUAUCCCGGUUCGCGAGGCCUCCACACCGAUCAGCAAUAGUGCCGGUACCAAAGGCGGCGGACACGCUGACCCUGGUGCUUGUGCCGGCUGUGGAAACCAAUUGAGGGAAGGUCAGGCAUUGGUCGCGCUCGAUCGUCAAUGGCAUGUCUGGUGCUUCAAGUGUCAUAGCUGCGAUACUGUUCUCCACGGAGAAUACAUGGGAAAAGACGGCGUGCCUUACUGCGAGAAGGAUUACCAGAAGCAGUUUGGAGUAAAGUGCGCCUAUUGCCAACGUUACAUCAGUGGUAAGGUCUUGCAGGCCGGCGACAAUCAUCAUUUCCACCCAACUUGCGCGCGCUGCACGAAAUGUGGUGAUCCAUUUGGCGAUGGGGAGGAAAUGUACCUGCAGGGUGCCGCCAUAUGGCACCCACGUUGCGGUCCAGGACCUACCGGGCCCAAUGGGAUAGUGAACGGACACGAUGCUCAUACCCCGCAGCAUCGGGAAUCGGAGCGAAUUUCCAGCAGCGCUUCAGAGAUGCAGUUUUCAUUGCGGUCACGCACGCCAAGCCUGAACGGAUCGUUGUGCAGCCCUUACAGCAGCCUCAGUCGCAAGUAUUAUCCCGCGCGAACUGGAAGCCCCGGCCUGAUCCUGCGAGAAUAUGGACGACCGACGGAAGAUGUAUCUAGGAUUUAUACUUACUCGUACUUGACUGAAACGCCCAGUCAAGGAUAUCUGAGACGUCCGAUACAACCGUACGAUAAACCCCCCACUAGCCCGCAUUUUCAUAGACCUAGCUCAUCUCGUUCGAUAAGAAGCAGCGGUGGUCGCAGCAGCAGAUCGGGAAUGAGAGCUUUGGUCGAUGCGUUGAGCGACACUCGACCGAAAUCGCCGGCAAGUCAAGUGGAUAACGAUGAGCCAAUAGAAUUAGCACAUUAUCCUGACGCCAUGAAACCACCCCCGGGAGCCCAACCACCAAUUGAGAGAGACGAUUUCCCCGCUCCGCCGUAUCCCUACACUGAUCCUGAGAGACGUAGACGAUGGUCCGACACUUACAAGGGAGUACCUCCAUCUGAUGACGAGGAUGAUGUGGAUAACAAAACAUAUAUUAAAGAGGCGGAGCAGAAAUUGAAAAAGGAGCAGGAUGAAUUAAGCAAGAUCGACACGGGGAUCGCUAAAGUAUUCCUGCAAGAUCGCGAAAAGGACCGGGAGAAUUUGAGACACAGAGCUGCGAACGUUGAUCCUAGAAAUGCCUCGAGGACACCGUCUGCCGCCAGGGAACCAACGUAUCGAUUGCGCUACGAGAGUCCCGUCGGUGCAUCGCCUUCGCGAAAUAUUGAUCACGCACGGCCUUGGGAGGAUGACGAUGGCUUCAGCUACAGAUCCAGCGGACCUAGCUACAACGUUGGGAGGUCAUCGGCGCGCUCCCCGGCUCCCAGAAACUAUCCACCCCUUGGUACUCAGCGCGCCUUCACUCUUCCAAACGCCACUAGGCACUAUCAUUCGGUGAUUGUGAGCUCCCUUCGGCACAUCCCGAAGCCGGGGUACGGUCUGGCACCGCGAAGUCACACCUUCUCCUCGACCGGCGGUUCCGUGUCUGCUCUCCCUGGCGACUAUUCGUUCAGCGGGAUGGGCGACAAGACGCACAGCACUGAUUUCUCGUCUGGCAAGUCGGACAUAUCAACAGGCAGCAUCACGGAUGUGGAUCGACGGGCAUUGAAUGAUGGUGGAAUCCUUCCAUCAUCCACCACGUAUACGGGUGGCCUAGGUUCGGUUGUUGGGAGUCACGGGGGUCAUCACGUAAGGAGAUCGUUGCCAGACAUGGGGGCCGCACCAACCGAACCGCCCAAGUUAUAUCCCUAUCAUUUACUCGUCAUCACCAACUACAGGCUGCCAGCUGACGUGGAUCGUUGCAAUCUCGAGCGACAUCUCUCCGACGCGGAAUUCGAAGCUGUUCUACAAUGCUCCCGAGCGGAAUUCUACAGACUGCCACAAUGGCGUCGCAAUGAAAUCAAAAGACGUGCCCGUCUCUUUUAAUUCAUGCCACACACAUUUUGCUUACUACACAUCGCGUCGUGUCGCGAUUGCGUUACUGCGGUACGGACCGUACAUUCCUACUGCGUGGGUAGAUGUAUCGCGGGAAAAAAAAUGUGUUCGACAACUAUUGCGAAUUAUCUGCCGGGGUGACGUGUGCUCGCGCAAAAAUAAAAGUCCUCUUAGACUACAGGGGCACACGCAACGCAGACGCAUAUGCACACAAACACACAAUGUAAUGAUGCGGAAGCACUGCCAUUUGUCGUCAAUUUUUUUCUCGCAGCAACGAAUCCACAGGCAGCUUUAUCUAUGAUCCGAUCUGUUUAGCGACGUAGUCGUUUUUCGAGUUCCAAUUAUUCGGAGCUCUAGUGGUGACUCGGUUUCACUCAUACACGUUGACAAAAUACGCAAUGACGGCUGAUAUUAACGUAUAGAGAGAAAAUAAUCAAAUAGAAGAGAUUGCGAUUAAAACUCUUAAUACAAUUUGCUAUUGUAAAUAAGAAGUUAAUCGAUAGGUCGAAGAAGGGAGAGUAACGUGAAGGAGCAGCUAGGAAGUUUCAAAGUACAUAACCGCGUAUUUGCUAAAUUGCAUACAUACAUAUUAACUUUGUGGAAGAUUAUGACGCAAGGUAAAAAACGCUAUUAUGUAGAAUUUAUCAUUAUUAUUAAUUUUUAACUACUAUUAUUAAUAUUAUAUUUUACUAUGUGCAACAUGAAAAGUUAAGAGUAGGUGAGCCCAGCUUGCUGAAUGGUGCGAUUACACUGAUUAAUCGGACGAUUUGCGUGUGAUUUAUCACUUUUUAACUUACUUUCUGCGACAAGGAUUAUUUUAUAAAGUAGCUUACGCACAAAUACGAUGUUCUUGUGUAAGAAGAUAUCAAUUUAUCUUUAUCCUUUCAAUUAUCCUUGACGUAUUGAACUGAAGAAACGCUCUGCGGUGCGGAUUGCGAUAGACUUCUAUAAUCAUUUAAGAUCACUCUACAUUAGAGUAUGAAUAAGAAAAUCAGGACCAAAUUUAUAGUCGUGGUGGAUCUAGCAAUAACAAGGAAAGUAUGUUGUAUCACAUUUUAAUCAUAUAUGGGUUCACAUGCAAUUUAUGAUCCAAGUUUUGCAAUGUUUUGGAAGUGACACAAAGCAAAUUUUGAAAAAUUUUUUUAAAUCUUUAAAUCUAUCGACUUACAUUCAUCUAUAGAAGUAGCGAUUCUUAGAAUUUUCUAAAAGAAAACACUUAUUUAACUUAGUUUUCAAAUGAAAAUUUUCUAACAUUUAUAAUAUUUCUAAUGACUUAAGAGUGAAAUAGCAUUUUGUGCGAAAUGAAUAAACUACUUAUUGCGUAUUUUAUUGUAUUUCAAAAGUUGUUUUAUGUUUCAGAAUAGCGUGAUAAAUUUAUUAGUAAUUAUAUUACUAACCAAGCGAAAACUUUCAUUUUAACUAUCGCAGCGAUCGUCCUCCACCCUUAAAUUGGGUCCUGCACAUAAUUAAAAAAUUUUGAGGUAAUAGAUCAAGCAGUUAAACUGAUACUGGGCGCACACGCGUCCAUUGAAUAGAGUCGAUUUAUGCGAAUGCGAAUAAAGUUGAAUUUUCACAUAUAAGUGAGAAACACAUGACGUAUCGAAGUUCCGACUGUUACGCCGUAUGAUUAUUAUAUCUAGAUGAGUUUACUACGUAUUCGAAUAUGCAUGCGUGCAAUAAGAUUGACACGCUUCGUUCGAACGAAGUCGAACCGAACUUUACUACCGACGCAAGUGCGACGUUUUAUCAAAUCAGCUACGUUUUAUUAUCCACACAUUUCGUCUCUUCUUCCUUUUCCUUCAGUCAUGUGCCUAACAAAUGUCGUGGGACAUUUUAUGCGAGGAAGAGAGGAAUCGUUAGUCUUACAAAGCGUACUAUACAUUAUGUAUAAAAACCAUUCUACAAUAGUGUAAAUGUAGUUGUAAAUUAUUGUAAAGUAUUGAAAGGCGCAAUUGUAUGUCCACUUCUUUCAAAGUAAACUUUAAAAUUUUGGAUCUCUUUUUCUUAUUUUUAGAAAUAGAAAAAUAAUAAAGAGGAAGUUGAACUGAGAUUACAUAAAUCUGCUUUGACUUUUUUUUUAUUCACAGUGUCAAUAAUUUAACGAAUUUUUUUUGGUUUGACGAAUUUGUACCAUGCGCUACUUUCCAGCUAAUCUGUAUUGGUAGAAAUGAAUAUACAACUGUGUCUUAUAACAACUUACGACUAUCUUUACGUUAUGGUAGAACGCUUAAGACUUACAAUUCCUACCGAGACAACACGUCCUAGAUACUUUUGAAGCGAUCUUUCAAGCGUCUUUGGAACCUUUGUGUUGCUCUGGGUAACAGCUUCGUCAAGGAAAAAGUCCGACGUGUUCCAUGAUCGCUAACCUAACCGAUUAUUUUGUUAUUUCGGUGUGUCGUUUAAGGUUAACACCGCUAUAACAUUUCUUUCCCUUUCUUUUUUUCUUACGGAUAUCUUACUUGCGUAAAACGCAUUCAUGUAAUUUCCUUUUGUUUUGUCCUUAUAAAUAAAUCUCACGUUGGGUUCUAUUGAUUUUGUAUACGACCGGCACUCUUGAUCAUGGCGCAACGUUAUUGUUCCCACUGUGCAAUGCAAAUCAAUGUAUGUUUCUGUUGUAUAAAGCACAUUGCUUCCGCUAGUCCCUAAAGUUAAAUAAAUGCAAAACAUACGAAAUA